CUACAGAAUUGCAGUCAUUUUCUCAGCAGUUUCAGCCUGAGGAGCUUCAGGUGAGACCCGCCUCCUCUAGCAGGCAGAAGCUCCUCUGUCUCCUGGUAGCAGCUCCAAAUGGAUCUCUCCUCUCUGAGGCUCCUGCUGGCCCUCUGGGCCCUGAUGAGCCGCCAGGCUGUGGUUUCUCUCGAAAUAACAGUGGAGGAAUCUGAGCUGAAACUAUGCGAGUCAGAACGUAUGUGUGUCACCAACCUGAAAGACUGCAAUGGCCCACCUGCCUCCUCUCCACAGAAGAGUCUGAACAUGUCCUGCCUUUACCAGAUAAGUCCUGACGAAACCAGAUCUGUGACCUGCAGCUGGAGCGAUGAGCCUGGAGCUGAGGCCUCUCUGCAACUGAGCAGAUCGGGAAAAAUAUAUUCCUGUAUUUUUAGCCCGUCAUCCAUAUUCAACGUGACCACCAGGAUAAAGAGCUUACGGACUGGGGAGGUGGUUUGGUCUCAGCCUCAGCCGCUGGAUCUGUCUAAAAUAGCCAAAUAUCCUCCGCCUGCUGUCACCCUCAUUCAUCAAACUGAUGACUCGCUUGUUGUGUCGUGGAAAAGCGAUACCGAUAAAGGCACCUACCGACUUCGUUACAAAAGCAGGGACUCUUCCACCUGGACUGAGGUUUCAGAUCAAAUUCCUAUAAAGGAAGUUCAGAACUACACAAUCAAAAACCUGCUGCCAUUCAUGGUGUACAAAGUUUCUGUGGCCUACCAUCGAGGAUACGGCCUCUGGAGUGACUGGAGCUCAGAGGCAACCGGACGAACGCUGGAUAGAGGUAAAACUUCCCCAGCUCACAGCUUUAAAAGGGAACCUUCACCAGAUCUGUGACCCUGAAAGCCACUGCUGGUUUAUCAGGACGCUAAUAAAUGAUGGUGGCUCUUUAACAACUUUUAAAACAUGUAUUUUAAACAAAAACGUAAGAAAAUGGGAUUCCAGGUCGCUUUAGUCUGAAUGCUGUUGUGGGAAAAAGUUAUUCAACUAUACAGUACAGUUAUAUAAAUAUAAAUGUAUUCACUCCGUCGAUACUUUAUUCUUUGCAAAAUAAAAGGAGAAGAAGACAUCAACAGCCGUCACAGCAU